GACAUUCCACAUUUUCUUCUUUUAACGCGUUGCUUUUAGUCGCAUUGCUGUUUGUGCAUCCCAGCGCUUCUUCCUUUUCAGUAGUUUGAAUCCAACCUGAGUGUUUUUCUGCACCCUCGUAGCACCCAAACGACAAAAUGGACAUUACGAAGUACAACCAACUGCUUGCCCUCGCAGACUUUACGAGAGAGGUAAAGCGGUGUGAUUUCUGUGCCAUCGAUCAAGAAAUGACAGGUGUGGAUAUUCCCGGCACGAAUCUGCCCAUGGGUGCUUCUCCUGAUGAUGUCUAUUAUGCAAAGCGCGUGGCAGUGGAGGCGUACAGCGCAUUUCAAAUGGGCAUAGCCUUGUUUACAAAGGCUGACAACAACUCGCACGAGGUUCGGCCAUACAACUUUUACCUGCUGAACAGCACCGGUGAUUUGAGACUAGGUCUUACCGCUAUUUCCUUCCUCGCAGCUAAUAACUUGAAUUUUCAGAUGUGGCUCACUUCAGGUAUGGCGUUUUGCAAUGAACAGGAGGAGCAAGCAUUCGAGGCUAAACAAGACGUUUCUUUUGCAGAUGAUGAGGAAAAGAGUAUCGCUAAUGAAUUCGCGGCAGCCGCUCAGGAACUCCUCUCGACAGAUGGCGAAAAAGUCGUAAAAGAACUCGCGUGUGCAACAGAUCUCGCUCAACGGCUGCAACGUUUCAUAGAGCGCCGCAGUGAUUAUCGAAUUUCCGCAGCUUACGAAGGAAGGCCCUACCUGGCCCAAAAAAUCAAGUUCACUCUUCGAAAACUCGGUGACACGGAGUGGGCGGCAGAAAAGGAAAAGAAAGUUCUGCAGCAAGAGCGCGAACGCGCACAGGUGCUCGGCUUUCGACAGUUCUGGAAAAUUUUGGUCGACAGCAAAAAGCCCGUUGUUGGACACAACUUCAUGCAAGACGCUAUGUUUAUGUUUCACAUGCAUCAAGAACCGCUCCCGAAGAACUAUGCUCAGUUUAAGCAACAAAUGCUGAAAUGCAUGCCCCACAUCUACGAUACGAAAACAAUCGUCAGCAAACUAUCUGGCGAUGCAGCGUUUCCAAUCACCCACCUCGGUGUUGUUUACCAAGAAUGUCGUCGCCGUGCAGGACUGUCCCUCGACACUUUUUCUCGAAAGUUCCGACUCCCGCCAGGUUUUUACAGCUAUAACGACCAGACUGUCAAGAUGCAAAGCAAAGCACACGAAGCUGCUUAUGAUGCGUACAUGACUGGCGUAGCGUUUUGUAUUUUGCACAACUUGUACGCGGACGUCACAGCUGAGACGGAGAAUGUUAUUUCAGCCUUCGGCAGUGCCUACUACAUGUGCUUGGGCGCAGCAGACCAACUGGUCAACAGCAACACGUUUGUACUGGAAUGCGACGUUCCCUGUUCCUCAGAAGAUAUUGAAUCUCUGUUUUUCGCGACGGAAGACAAGGCCUGCGUUAUCACCGCCAGCAACAAAAUUGAUUUUCGGAAAUUAUCGUAUUCUGUAAACGGUCUUAUCCCACGUGAGGAUACAAGGGUUUUCACCGCCUUUUGUGUUCGAAUGACAACUUUGACUUCAACUGAUCAGCUUCGCGAACGCAUCCAGUCGUUACGCGAAAAAGUGUUAGGCAGUGACGAAAACGUGAACCUCGCACUACUGUCACACAUUACCAUCCGGAAACUAGAAUAA